AUGGCCACCCAGCUCUGCUCUCCGAUCUUCUCCUCUGGGUCCAUCAAAGGCCUCUGUGGCACCACAGGUGGCGUCUCUCGGGUGUCCUGUGUCCGCUCUGUGGGCUCCUGCAGAGUCUCUGGCCUUUCUGGUGUUGGGGGGUCAGCCUCCUCUGUCAGGCUGGGCCUCUCCGGCCUUGGGAGCUGCUUGCCUCGUUCCUACCUGUCCUCUGGGUACCACUCCUCCUGCUUUACCGGGAGCGGGGGCUUGUUCUGCGAGGGCUCCUUCAAUGGCAACGAAAAGGAGACCAUGCAGUUCCUGAAUGACCGGCUGGCCAGCUACCUGGAGAAGGUGCGCCAGCUGGAGCGGGAGAACGCCGAGCUGGAGUGCCGCAUCCGGGAGCGGAGCCAGCAACAAGACCCCCUUGUGUGCCCCAACUACCAGUCCUACUUCCGGACCAUUGAGGAGCUCCAGCAGAAGAUCCUGCUGACCAAGGCUGACAAUGCCAGGCUGGUCCUGCAAAUUGACAAUGCUAAGUUGGCUGCUGACGACUUCCGAACCAAGUACGAGACGGAGCUGGGCAUGCGGCAGCUGGUGGAGGCUGACACCAAUGGACUGCGCCGGAUCCUGGACGAACUGGCUCUGUGCAAGGCCGACCUGGAGAUGCAGGUGGAGUCCCUGAAGGAGGAGCUGAUGUGCCUCAAGAAGAACCACGAGGAGGAAGUCAACACACUUCGAUGCCAACUUGGGGACCGGCUGAAUGUGGAGGUGGAUGCUGCCCCCCCAGUGGAUCUCAACAAGAUCCUGGAUGAUAUGAGAUGCCAGUAUGAGGCCCUGGUGGAAAAUAACCGCAGAGACGUGGAGGCCUGGUUCAACACCCAGACUGACGAGCUGAACCAGCAAGUGGUGUCCAGCUCGGAGCAGCUGCAGUGCUGCCAGACAGAGAUCAUUGAGCUGAGACGCACGGUCAAUGCCCUGGAAAUCGAGCUGCAGGCCCAGCACAGCAUGCGGAAUUCCCUGGAAUCCACCCUGGCGGAGACCGAGGCCCGCUACACCUCCCAGCUGGCUCAGAUACAGUGCCUGAUCAGCAACGUGGAGGCUCAGCUGUCCGAGAUCCGCUGUGACCUGGAGCGGCAGAGCCAGGAGUACCAGGUCCUCCUGGACGUCAAGGCCCGCCUGGAGUCGGAGAUCACCACCUACCGCUGCCUGCUGGAGGGAGAAGACUGCAAUCUGCCUGCCCACCCUUGUGCCAUGGAAUGCAAGCCUGCCGUUAGAGUUCCUUACAUCUCAAGUGUGCCCUGCGCCCCGGCUCCCCAGCUCAGCACCCAGAUCCGUACCAUCACGGAGGAGAUCAGAGAUGGGAAAGUCAUUUCCAGCAGGGAGCGCGUGCAGCCGCUGUAA